AUGACCACCGUGGCGGAGCGAGUGCCAACUCCGCCCGCCUUCGAGCCCUCCGCCUCUCUCGCAAUCGCCCAUCUGUCUCCAAGUUCAGCGGGACCAUCCUCCUACAUUGCAGCCAAUGUCGCCUUGGUUUGGCCUUAUUCUAGCUCCACCCGUAGCCUUGCCUUACUGCUAGCCGAUCCAGAUGUUCGUCUUCGGAAACAAAAGGGACAGGUCAAGGUAGUCUUUCGCGAUGGGGCUGCGAAAGCAAUUGCGGAAACCAAAGUCGGCAUUGGAGAUUCGAUAUGGCUGUCAUUGCAUGGCUGUGACUGGAAAGAGACGAGUCAAACAUUGUCUACUCCGGGGGAAAAGAUAGACUGGGAUCUGGAAUUCCGCGACCGAGUUCUCUUCCAAAUUGCUGGAGAUCAGGUCGACAGAGCAACUGUUGACUACACUGGUCACGAAUUAGACUCGCAUCUCCAAAAUGGGGCUACUACACCGUCGGAUAGGCCAGAGGCUGCGAGGACCCAAGUCAAUGGGCUGGUCCGCCCUGAACAAAGCACCAUCCGAGUCCAGUUGACACCUUUCAAAUCAGCCAGGAAGUACUCCAGCGGUACCUUCAUUGAUGCGUCCCUCGAUCCAUUCGCCGAAGACGAUGGCUAUGUACUGGGGAAAGGCCGCAAACGUACCAAGUUCGCCAGGCACAGUGGUGCCUGGAGCUUGCUGGACUCGGAAAGUGCAGAAGAAGAUAGCUCGAACACGGAGAACGCUUCGCGCAAUGCAGAGGCGUUACUGUUGGUCACACCCCCACAGCGAGCAGAGCUUAACGGCGUAUCAGAUGGAGCGAGUCCUACGAGAGACAAGGAGGAGGGCCUUGGGGAGGCUAGCACAGUCUCGCAGGACUCCAUGCCUUUAUCUCCUAUCUUGCAACCGCCAGACCAUAAGGAAGGGGAGCCACCCAGUCCACAGCCCGCCGCCGAAGAGAAAGAACUGUAUACGAAACCCACUUCGAUCGUUAUGGGUCCGCCUCAGACGCCUCUGAGGAUUGUGCCCCUGGAAGCAAGCUCUGGCAACAACCAUGAGGUGCAAGAACCUGACGAAGAUGAGUCUAGUGCUGCGACGACGCCGCGACUACUUCCACUUGCAUCCCCAGGCCUUCCGCUGGUCUCGCCGCUCAUACGGCGGUCCGGCGUCGAACUCGGCUAUUUCCCAGUGUCUGCAGGACUGAUGUCUCAACUGGAGGCUUCAGGAGAGGGCUCAGGCAACACAACGCCUGAUCAAGACGUUACGGUCGCUGCUGAUCACGUUUCAGUUGAGUCCGAUGGAACGCCUCUGGUUUUGGGAGAUAUUACUUUUCAGAGACGAGCCUCGAGCGAGAGACUUUCGGAACCCCAAUAUGAGGACGAUGCUGCUGUGAGUGAAGAACACCAGGCAACCGCAUCACCGGUAGAUCUGGAGUCGAGACCUCCUUCUCCCGAAAUGAUCAACCUUCCGAAUGGCUCGCUUUCAGCACAACCAGUCUCACCCGGAGAAGCGAUCUUUGGCCGCGGAGUUAGUCCCUUACAGGCUGAUCCAACCCUAGCGACUGUCAUGGGAUCAAAUUCAGCAGUGGUUGAGAUCGAGGACGACGACAUGUAUGGGGCACCCGAGGAAGCCCCGCGGCCAAGCAGCCCAGUUGCACCUACCACCUCACUCAUGCAAGCACAAAGCUCCUUAAACGAUGUUGAGCAGUCCACGCAGAAGCAUCCUACGACGAGUAGUCCUUACGCGGAGUCACUCCCCGUAUCAGGCACUCCCCAGUCGCGACGACUGCCUUCGCGGGAACCGUCCGAUGCGACGUGGGAAGAACAAUUGACCGUCGGCGCUGUUGACUGCCGAUCGCCUGUGACGUAUUCAGCACCCCCGUUUCCAUUCAUACAAAAUUGGCACAAGUCAAGAAGCUCCCAUUCGUCGAGUCGCCGAUCUUCUCGUCACUCCCAAGCCCGGUCUCUUGACGGAAGUGUUGACGAAGAUGACAGCUCUGCGCUUGAUCAUAGCCUGGUUGAUGAGCGGGCACCUGUCCAAGGCGAGGAUGCUGACGCAGCAGGGAUAGGAGCACAAUCUGUGGCAUCUGAAGAGUCCAUGCAGGAAACGCGAGAAGAAUUCUCAGAAACCGGCCAAAGGGUAUCUGUCGAAGAGGCCGCGAACGCCAUUCCCACCCAAGAAGAGCAAUAUGUCACACCGGAUGCCGAAAAUGUGGUCGAAGUUUCACCAACAUCUCCAUCAUCUGAGGCUAUCAACAGAGAAGAUCCAGCCGGACAGCUGCCGACUCCAGAUCAGACCCAGCGAUACCAAGCUAAAUAUGAUUACACGGUCGAGAUACACCCUGUUCUGCAAGCGACAGCUGGCGCGAAUGACCCUCCCUCACCCCAAGCAACGCAAGAGGAAACAACAAGUGUCAUUUUGCAGAAAGAAUCGCAAGUGCUAACAAGUGAAGAAAGUGCAGCUCCUGCAGCAUUCAUGCCUCUUUCGAAUACGCAGCCCGAGACAACCACUUAUCGCCGGACGUCUCAGCGACUCUCAGUUAGAAAGUCAGUCAUGCCAGUCAACAUGUCAAGUCCGUACUUCACGCCUCGCAAGUCAGCACCCGUACUCUCAUCGCCGCUUGCUCGCAAAGAAAACAUUGAGGGUCCGGCAUCCGGCUUGCAGAAUAUUCCAUCCUCUCCAACGGAUGAACGCAGCAAGUCGAUCGUGACGCGUUUCUCAGUUCAUGAGGCAGAGCAGAAUACUAUUGACGCACUCAUUCGGGAUCAAGCAGGAGAGGCUAGGACGGGCAUCCAAAUGCGGAACGGCACCACCACUUCUCUGUCAUAUUAUCCUCACCUCACCUCUCUACACGAGCAUUUCGGUAACUUGGUCGAUGUAAUGGCUGUGUGUAUUGAACGAUCCACCGAGUCACAGCGAUCAAAAGCAGGGCCCAAGGACUACUACACCACGCUCAGACUCGCCGACCCUUCAACAGACUCUGGUGUCGGUACAGUGGUCCAAAUCUUCCGACCGGUUCAGAUCGCGCUGCCGACAACCGAGCCUGGCGAUGCCGUGAUCAUGCGGGAUUUCAAAGUCCAGACUUCGAAUCGGCAAUUCAUGCUUUUGAGCACCGAAACAUCCUCCUGGGCGGUUUUCAAAACCGGACAUUUUCCGUCAAACCCCAUUGUCAGCGGGCCACCCAUCGAAUAUGGUCAAGAGGAGGCGUCGUACAUCGAAAUCCUCGCUCGCUGGUGGCACAAGGAGAGUGAGGGACUGUUCUCAGGCCGGGCAUCAUUGAGACACGAGAUGGACAAUACAGGUGUCACGGACAACUUGAGUGCUCAGGAAGCGCAAACAACGGCGUCUCACUGGGGCAAGGAUGAUAGCCGCUCUCAUCGUACACCGGCACCGGCCAGUCGUCGCAAGGAGAACCGGACAGACAAUGCCAACAACGAGGGCGACACUGACGAAGAAGUGCUCGUGGAUGAAGACGACCUGGACGAAAUCAGUGGCACUCCGUUGGUCGACAAGACUAAUAGACGACGGGAAUCUACGGCUUCGACCACAGCGCGGUCCACCACCAUGAAAGAACCGGGCAGGGAAUCUGUUACUCCUCGACGCAGCACAAGAGGUCAAGCAUCCCCGAGUGUGGUGCACGAGCUCAGAGAUGGCACCAAAUAUGUCGACCAUGGCCGGCGCCGAAGUGGGAGUGUGGUACAUGAGCUGCGAGACGGCGUCACAUAUGUGGAUGAGUGA